AUGGCUCCUGAGCUCCGGUCCGGGGGCGUACCCCCCUCGAGCAGAGUAUACCACUCGUCCCCAGCACUGCAGCAAGCGCAGUUCCCCUCCAGGAGGAAGCGAGUCCGCCGGUGCGGAGAAAAGGCACCGCGCCCAAACCUGAAGCAGCAGACCCUGACCCAGAUUGACUUUGUGUCGAGCUUCGACGAUGACGACAACGAGGGCAACGACGACGGCAACGAGGACAACGACGACGGCAUCGCGAGGGUCAGCGACAGCGACGACGAGCUUCGCAAACGCCGUCGAGACGUCGAUGCGGACAAGGAAAACGCACCGCCUCCAUCGCGACGCACAGCGCGCCCGCGGCGUUUGCAAACGGGUCGGCAAGGUGCCGAGGCCGGGGGCGAAGGUGCCCCCGCGCCCGCGCCCGAGAGGCGAAAACGCGCCGCAGAGGCGCCCUCCACGCGGCGGGACUCGGGCAAGCGACCAAGGAGCACGGGCGGCGGGUGCGAUAAAGGCGUGCAAUUCGAAACCAGGCGCUCAAGGGGCAGCUCGCGGCAAACCUCUCGGGCGGAUGCCCCAACUCCCAAAGCUGCGUGUACAAAGUAUCACACGCAGACUCUUACGCAGUUUUUGGGUCAUGGCACUUCCUUCGUAGCCGACUCGGAUGACGACGACCUGGGAUCCAGCAGGGAUGACUGCCAAGACGACGGGUUUCUUUCAUGGCUGGGAGACGCCGAGCCUGGGAGUCCCAGCGCAGGCCGCGGCAGACGGCAGAUUCCGUCCCCACAGGCUCGCCCGGGUCGUGCAGCGGAGGGCCCCGCGGCUGCUGGAGCUGGAGCUGGAGCUGGAGCCGGUGCCGGUGCCGGUGCCGGUGCCGGUGAUGAUGCUUCGUGGCUUUCCCGCGAAAAUUCAAUAAUACCCCAAACACCCGUCAAGGAAAGCGCGCACCCUCCACGUCUUGUCCCAUCCGGAGGCAUCGCCUCACCGACCAACCUGAUGAUGGGUCGAUACGGAGCACCGGACAGGCAGGAUUCCCCGUCAAAGCGUGCUUCUCGGCAAACAGCAUCACUGCCGCAGGUAGACACAGGACAGCCUCGGGCGUCGCCGUCUGUUUCAAAUCCCCAGCCGUCGGUGGUUAUACAGGACUCGUUCGCCACUGAGGAGUGGGCGACACCCCGCAAGAGCCCUGCGCUCCGCUCGCCAAGCGGCAUCCAAGCUCGUGUUGAAGAAGCUGGCACGCCGCCUCAAGAGCCGACUGCGGAAGCCGGCACGCCAAAAUGCAACACGACGCCGUCUUUGGCAAAGUCGACCGCAACUGGGUUAUGUGAAAUACCAGACUCGGACGAGGAUGACGAGGAUGACGAGGAUGAUGAUGAUGAAGAUGAUGACGACGACGACGACGACGACAGUGGUCAUGGAAUCCUGGGCGCUGAGAGAAAAGAACAAGAUGCUUCCAGUGAGCAAGGGUACGGCGCCGGCGCCGAGACGCAGUUGGUCAUGAGCGAGAUUGUCCCCGUCUCGACAGAUGCUCCAGCUCUCGCAACCUGCUCAGCACACGGCCCCAAACAGCGCCACCUCCCAAGCGCCCAGUCCGACGAAAGGUCACGCCCGCCUUGUUCCGCAACGCCCUCCCCAUCGCCAUCGCCAUCGCCAUCGCCAUCGCCAUCGCCAUCGCCAUCGCCAUCGCCAUCGCCAUCGCCAGCCAACGUCCGUCCCGCCCAUGGCAGGACGCACCCCGCGAAAGGAGCCUCGCCUGCCCGCGCAACGCCGUCCUCCUCACCCCUGCCGCGGCAGCCCGUCCCGAUCCGCAAACCAACGCGCAACCCUUCUCACGCCGUCCAACCAAGCCAGCCGUGCGAAUCUCAGCGAGUGCCCGUGUCCGUCCUGCAGUCUCUCGCGCCUCCCACCGCGCGGUCCGACAUCCUCCUGCCCGUGUCAUCCGCCUCCCUCGAGGCCCUCCUCACCGGCCACUCCGUCCACAUCAGCACCCCGUCCAAGAUCCCCAGCCAGGUGGUCCGCUUCUGGCUGCUGGAGAGCCAAGUCCUGCGAUACAUGGCUUCCGUAGCGCCCGGCGAGCAAGAAGCUCCCCCUCCUCCUCCUCCUCCUCCUCCUCCCCGCGGAGCAAAGCCGCCGCCGCGCAGCAGCAGCAGCACCGGCUGGCGGCACCACGCGGCCCAGGUGUACGAGCUGAACAACCCCGUGUCCGCCGAGGACAUGCGCGAAGAAGGCUGGGUCCACGGCAAGAUCCAUCGGUACUCGUAUCUGCCGCCCGCUGUCAUCGGGCAGCUGCUCUGGAACCUCAGACACGCGAUAUUCGACGAGGCUACGCAGCCGCGGCCGCUUGGCCUGGGGGAAGCCAAGCAGCAGCCAUCAUCACCAGCUCCUCUGGCGCACGGCGCGAGCAGCUCCCCGGCAAGGGCCCCUCCAUCACCCUCCUCGGACAACGCAGGCGAGGCCGACCUUGUCCCUCUGGCAACCCCCCCGCCGCCCGCCAGCAUGACGCUAUCGCAGCAAGUCAAUGCCCAGAUCCACAGCGACAUGGCAUACUCGACGCAGCUGCCGCCCACCUCUGACGACCUCAUCCCCUCCACCCCAGACACCAACCGCGGGCUCAACCUGCGGCCCUCGACGCAGACAGACCGCGUCCGUCCGCCAACCCCCGCCUCCAAGGCCCUGGGCGACGCGCAAGAGCACGAGCACCGCCGCCGGGGUGUACACGGUCGUCAUCAUCAACACCACGAGGACGCUCCUCCCUCCCAAGCCACCACCCUCUCCCCGUCGCCCUCGCCAGAGAAAGCCUCCCAGCUUCCCGCACCCGCCAACCCGGCCAUGCCCCCGCCUCCACCCUCUCUCUUCAACCCCUCCGAGAGCAGCAGCAGCAUCCAGUUCCUCAACCACAGCGAGUCCCUGGGCUGCUCUCCCCCGCCUCUUUUCUCCUCGUCAACGUCCACGUCCCAGCUCCUGACCAAGAGUCAAAUGCUGUCCGAUAGCCUGGUGCGAGAUCACCCGCCGCCGCCGGAGCAGCCUGAGAUAUGGGACUCGGACGAAGAGGACCCUCCCUUGUAUCCGGCUUGA